GAAUACGCUAAAAUGGAGGCCUACGCCCCACGCAAUUUCGUACACCAACGGAUGGGCGGGCGUGCGUAACAGAACGGAAUCAUGUGUGAGUGUGCGACACGAAUAAACGUCAACAGUCCGUGUCCGAUUCGCAGGACGUGUAGAUUUUUGAGUAGAAAGUUACGAAGCUCACAAGGUACAAUUUUGAGUCAUUCAAACAAAUAUGACUUCACUAGCACUGUCCAGAGUGUAUCCCAAGCUGCUGGCUCGAGCUUCUUAUAAACAUGUACUACGGACAUCCACCCGCAAUCUCAACUUGUUGGAGUACCAGAGUAAAAGACUACUAGAAGCUGGUGGUGUAUCGAUUCAAGCCUUUCGAGUUCUUGAAGGAAAGAAAGAUGAAGAUGCUCUCAAAGGCUUCAACGUUAACGAGUACGUUGUGAAGGCACAGAUUCUUGCCGGCGGCCGGGGUAAAGGUCAUUUUGAUAAUGGCUUCAAAGGUGGUGUUCACAUCACUAAAGAACGGUCCCAGGUGAUUCCCUUGGUGAAAAGGAUGAUCGGUGCUAGACUAAUAACAAAACAAACUCCUAAGGACGGAAUUCUGGUGAAUAAAGUGAUGGUAGCCGACAGUAUCAAUAUUGUUCGAGAAACGUACCUGUCAAUAUUGAUGGACCGCGCACAUAACGGUCCGGUGCUCAUCGCUUCACCGGCCGGUGGAAUGGAUAUCGAGGCCGUAGCGGAAGAAACUCCGGAGAAAAUCAAAACAAUUCCAAUUGCGAUUGAAGGCAUAACGCGCGCCCAGGCAGAGGAGGUUGCUCGGUUUCUAGAAUUUAAAGGUCCACUGAUUGCAAAGGCUGCAGACGAAAUUGUGAAACUGUACGGUCUAUUCCUCAAAGUUGAUGCAACCCAGAUCGAAAUCAAUCCGUUGGCCGAGACUGACGACGGUCGGGUAAUUUCAGUGGAUGCUAAAUUAAACUUCGAUGACAAUGCCGAGUUUCGCCAAAAGGAUAUAUUCGCCAUGGAUACCCAUGAGGAUUCCGAUCCGAAGGAGAUUGAAGCUAGCAAGUUUAAUUUGAAUUACAUUGCGAUGCAGGGUAACAUUGGUUGUCUAGUGAACGGAGCUGGACUAGCAAUGGCCACCAUGGAUAUCAUCAAGCUUAACGGUGGUAGCCCGGCUAAUUUUCUUGACGUAGGUGGCAGUGUAAAGGAAGACCAGGUGCUAAAAGCAUUCCAAAUUUUGAUUUCCGAUGAAAAUGUAAAAGCAAUUUUGGUGAAUGUUUUUGGUGGCAUCGUGAAUUGUGCUACGAUUGCCAAUGGGAUCGUGAACGCUUCCAAAACGAUUGGACUGAAGGUGCCCCUGAUAGUGCGACUUGAAGGAACCAAUGUGAACGCGGCGAAAAAAAUACUGCAGGAAUCGGGACUACAGAUGGGUUUGGCGCAGGAUCUCGAUGAGGCCGCACGGAAGGCCGUGCAUGCGGCGAGCUAAGUAAUAGUUCAGGGUCAAAUAAGAUUCGGUUGUUAACAGGUUAGAUGGUAAGCUUACGUCGAUUGUUUGGCGUCUGUAGUCUUUGUUUGCGGUAUAUUUUUGUAAAAUGAAUGAGUGCAUUUCUAGGAAACAUGAA